CGUGGUUUGCUAUACAAGGCACUGGCAGCUAUCUCACCAAGCAGACACUGUGCAGAGUCAUUGAAUACCCAGGGAUCUCUGAGUAUACUCCACAAUGAUGGGGAGGAACAUGAUCCUGCUCUUUCUUCUGAGCUGGCCUUUCCUGGCUCUCAUAGUACUGGCCACUCACCUGAACGUACCUGAGAAACAUCACCACAAGGUGCAGCAUGGACGCUGCAGCUACACUUUCCUCCUCCCUGAGAUUGACAACUGCCACUCACCCCCUUCUGACUACCAGGUGUCCAACUCCUUACAAAGGGAUGCACCUGCCGUGGAUGACCACCAGUGGCCUAUCAACAGGAUACGGGAACUUGAGAAUAUCAUGGAGAACAACACACAGUGGCUGCUAAAGCUAGAAGACUACAUCAAGGAUAAUGUCAAAAGCGAAAUGGAGGCUUCCCAUCUAUCAGGUGACCAGAAUCAAACAAGCACCAUGUUGGAAAUUGGAACAAAUCUAAUAAGUCAAACAGCAGAACAGACACGCAAGCUGACUGAAGUUGAGACCCAGGUCCUCAACCAGACAAAUAGGUUGGAAAUCCAAUUACUGGAAAAUUCUAUAUCCACCAACAAGCUGGAGAAAGCGUUGCUAUUACAGAACCAAGAAAUCAUUAACUUACGUGACAAGAACAGUUUCCUAGAGAAUAAAGUUUUGCAGAUGGAGGAGAAGCACCAGGAGGAAAUAGAAGUAUUGAGAGCGGAGAAACUUCAUGUAGAUGAGUUACUUUCAAAGCAAAGUGAGCUCAUUGGCGAAUUGGGAGAACAACUCAAUGAAGCGGUGCAGAACAACAGCAUGCUACAGAGACAGCAGGCAUUCAUCAUGGAGACCGUGGGCCAACUUACCAACCUGGUUUCACAAUACAACCAUAUUCCAGUCAUACCAAAAGAGGAGCAGCUGAGCUUUCGAGACUGUGCAGAUGCUUCUAAAUCUGGUGUGACAUCUAGUGGAGUCUACACUUUGCAUUUCCCAAACUCUACAGAAUCAGUAAAGGCUUUUUGUGAUAUGGAUACAAGUGGAGGAGGAUGGACUGUAAUUCAGCAUCGCAGGGAUGGAUCAGUGGAUUUCCAUCGCAGUUGGAAGGAAUACAAAGAGGGUUUUGGAUCACCCACUGGUGAAUACUGGUUGGGAAAUGAAUUUGUUCACCAGUUAACAUCUCAAGGUUCAUACACCCUGAGGAUCCUGUUACAGGACUGGGAUGGGAAUGAAGCAUACUCCCUAUAUGAUGUCUUCUCUUUGGGUAGUGAGGGAAAUAAUUACAGGCUAGGUGUCAAAGGAUACAGUGGAACUGCAGGGCGGACAAGUAGUUUUGCCCCCCCAGGAACCGACUUCAGCACCAAGGAUGUAGAUAAUGAUGGAUGCACCUGCAAAUGUGCUCAGUAUGCAACAGGAGGAUGGUGGUUUGAUGCCUGUGGCCCAUCCAAUUUAAACGGCAUCUAUUACAAAAGUGUUUCUGGUCCACCCAAGUUCAAUAGUAUCAAGUGGCAUUAUUGGAAGGGACCCAGCCAUGGUCUGAAGUCUGUCUCCAUGUUGAUCCGUCCUAUAGACUACUGAGCUGGUUGUCACUUUGGGUUUGAAAACAUGGAUAAGAAUUAUAUCUUUCUUUUGGGAAUGGAAAAUGAACCUAAAAUGGUCUGGACCAGUAAUGGCCAUGUAUUGAUGACUAUACCAUGCAAACGGACCAGUGUCUCUUUAUCAUCAGAAAUACAUUUACAAGAGUAUAAGGUGGAAAUGUUGAACUGACACAUGGAAAAGAAUGGGCUUCACAAUUUUAUCUGCACUGUACUAGGAAAAGUUCCUUCUCAUGACCACCAGUGAUUGCGUAGAACACAACUAGAUGCAGGAUUACUUUUCUUGAGUGAGGUAUGAAAUACAAAUGAUACUUCCUCAGGAUGAUAUACCACUGCCAUUUCACAACUAGAUCAACCAAUUAAAUAAUGCAGCUUCUGGAAUUAAAGGUCAUGCUAGGCAUGUCGACAUUCAUAUGUAAUAAUUGAAACCAAUUCAUAUAACAAUUUACAUCUGUCUGGGGUGGUCUCUCAGGGAAGCUAAGAAUUUAAAAGUGGUUAUAUCAUACAUAGUCACGUACUUCUCAAUCUGUUCAUACAUACUUCUGCUUGAGUGUGUUGAAAUCUGGUGCUACAUGCAAUGUCAAGCCCCUUGGGUCAACAUAAACUGGAAGUCUCUCCCACUCAGACUCUUAGAAAAUGGAUCUUUUAGAACCAGACUAAGAAGGCUAAAACUCUCAAAGGUUCUGUAUUGCUUUGGUAAUAAUUUAUGAUAUCCAAGAUUUUUGUGUGUGAUAACAGAUGAAGAUUAACCUUCGAGACAAGACAAGGUUUUUCAUAUUUAUCUCUUCAAAAUGACCUUUUUACCUUAGACUAUUGGAAAAACAUUCAUGUGAAGUGACAACUUAAUUUUGUAUCUACAUGUAUAUCCAAUAUAAAAGAGAAAUAAGUCAAAUAUAAAACUGCAUGGAUCUUAAAGGGUGUCUGUCAGUAGAUUUGUAUCUGACCUGUUGUUACAUGUGUGUUUGGCAUAUGUAACUGAUACAAAGCAUAUGGAGUUAUUAUAAAACAAUGUGUAACCACACUAGAAGUAUGGCAAUCGUUGCAAUAUAAAUUAAUUUCAUUAGUAUAAGCAAAAAUAAUUAUAAUAGAUUAAAAAACAAUUAAAAUCUCAUAUUAAAAGUAAUAGUCCUAAGGCGUAAAAAGCGUAUAGUAUGAUUUGAUAUAAUAUAAUUUAUUUAUAUAGAGAUUCUUCGAGGAAAAUAGAUCUGAUUUAUAAUAUAGCAUAUACAUUAGAUACACAUGAUUGGAAAUUGCUACAAAUGUAAAAUCCAAGUGGUAAAUUUAAUCCAAAGCAAAACCACCCAAUAAAGUAACCUACUCAAAUGCCUGACCACCGCCACGCCCCAUGUUUUAAUAUAUACAAACAGGGUUGGAUUGGAAACUUAACGUGGCCCCAUGUUGUAGGAGUGUUUAAAUUGAUAGCAGGUGGGGCAACUAGUCGGAUGGAAUCAGCAAUACGCUAGCGCUAAAUACCAUAUACCACAGUGCAUCAAUAUAUAUUGCCCCAAAAGCUUUCCCUCUGUGUUGACCAUCAAUAGCUGCCAUUUUCUGUUCUCCUUCUCCUCCAGUUGUCUCUGAUUAAGAAAUGGAGCAGGAAGCUUAGGACGUUAGGUGCAGGCCACUGCAGCUGAAUUUAGAAGGACAUGUGCGGUCAGUGGAUGGGUACCUGAUUCUCACAACGUUAAUUACAGCUGAGAGCUCAUUAUGUACCAGGCCAGCACCAGACAGGAAGGCUUGGGAAGCCCGCUGAGCAUCAGCCCACCAGGAAAUUUCCCUGUAAGGUCUAUGGCCAAUCCUCCCCUGUUUGCAAAUGAGCCUCUAGGACCUACAGCUUCUGCUCUCUCUGCACCUGCUGUGCCCUCUCAACUUUGUUUGGCAGGGGCGGGCAAUGUAAACAUGAUCAUGUCUGGCCCUGUUAAUCAAAGUGCCGGAAGGGGGUAGGGAUAGCACCAUUGCUCCUAGAGGUUUAUUUUCUCAGGAAUGUGGGAACAUAUGAACAUGGGACCAACACAGAUGCCUUCCGCUGCCAAGCGCACAUACAACAGGCCAGCCAGUUUCAUAGGUACAAAUCUGCUGACAGAUGCACUUUAAAAAGUGAUUUUUCAUUAGAAGAACCACCAUUUAACUAGAAUUGUACUUAUAUUAUUAAAAUAUACCUGAUUUCCGACUGAAAUGGGUGUAAUCACAGUAGAUUGCUGUGAAUUUGUGUGAAUUAGUGCCAGUCAUAGAAAUGCUGAGAUAUUUAUGCUUGUGGAUGUUUUAUAUCUGUACCAAGAGUCAUUUUCUAACAAGAAUAUGUUCUAUUGUGCCUAUUUUCAUUCCAAAUAUUUGUCAGUUUUUGUUGUAUUAUGUUUGUAUUACUGUGCUAUUAAAUGAUAUGCAAACACACCAGGAUUUGUCAGUCAGCUGCAUACCCUAUCAUGUAAAAUGGCAAAAAAUACCAAUUACAGCAUCUCGAUAUGGGGGAUAGGAGGUGAUUGCGAGAAAUGCAGCAGACACCGCUGAAACUAUUGUUUGAUCAAUAUCCACCUGAUCAAUUAAAGUGUAUGUCAGUUACAGUACAUAUGUCUUCUGGUAACUGCAGUUUCUGUGGCUAUUUUAGAUCACCUCUGUUAAGAAGGUAUUUCAAGAUUAGUUUUAUCAGGCAAUCCCUUUAAUAAAUACCUUUUACUGUGUCA